CAUCCAAGAGUCCAAGUCUCUGGAUCACAACACUUUUUAGAGAGAGAUAGAGAGAGAGAAAGAGAGUGGGAUCAAACGCAGUCUCUCUACUGCACACCUAAUUUACAGUGAUUAGGGAGAAGAGACAAAGAAAGAGACUCAUGGGAGUGUAAAAAAACAAAAGCGAAAACCCAAAAAAAAAAAAAAAAUUGUAAAAAGAAAAAAGAAAAAGCGAUUCCUCAGAACAAUAAAGGAAAAGCAGUUGAAGUGAAUGCUGCUUUUGUUCAGCUGGGUGGUGGUGGUGGUUGAUAUGGUGGAAAUUCUACUCGCUUUGGUUCGGUGAAUCUGAGCUCGCGGAGGGGUAAAAUCGCCUUUUUCUUCUCCAUGCCCGUCUCCGACGGUUCUUUGGUCGAGGCUGUCGGCGUCGCUAUCAGUAAGCUCGGAGGAGGUAUCAUCGGCUACGGCGGCGCGUCUGGCGGCUUCUGGAAGAAGACGGGAGUUUCCGAUGCUACUGUAGCUGUCGCCGUCACGGUCUUGGCUGGUCUCGCCCUGGCCGCCGCCGUCUAUUGCGGUUCUAGGGGUCAUCUCAAAUCACCGUGGUCAAGGCGAAAAAGAAAACGCAUUCUUUCGCCCCAACAGUGGAGAAGCUUUUUCACACAAGAUGGAAGGCUUAGAGCUGGUGGAGUUAAAUUUCUGAAGAAAGUCCGAAGUGGAGGUGUUGAUCCCAGUAUCAGGGCUGAAGUCUGGCCUUUCCUGCUUGGAGUCUAUGACUUGAACAGUUCCAAAGAAGAAAGAGAUGCUGUGAGAAAUCAGAAAAGAAAGGAAUAUGAGAAGCUGCGGAGGCAUUGCCGCCGGCUAUUGAAAUGCACCGAUGAGACUUAUAAAUUGAGGGGGGCUAGUGGAACCGGUGAUGGAAACAGUGAAAUUCUCACUGAAGGGAUGGAGUCUCCAGACUCUGAAGAUGCUGUUAGUGCCAGGGAAUCUCUUUCUAGUGGGGAAAGAAGCCCGUAUAACGAGUACUCAGACAAUCCUGCUGAUGUAUUGUUUGAUAGAGUUGCUAUUUCAAGACGAAUAACAGAGCCAAACUAUGUCUCUGACUACGAAUCAUCAGACUCAGACUCCUCUUCUGAUCCUGAAGCAAGUCUAACUUUGCCAUCCAUGGAAAGCAUGGAGGAAAAUACUACUGAGAUGCCCUCUAGGGAGGACUCUUCCCCUUCAACAGAGGUCCAGUCACAACUCCGUAAUUCAGAAGAUUUUGCCACGUGGCAACGUAUCAUUCGCCUUGAUGCAAUUCGUUCUAAUGGAGAGUGGAUGACAUAUUCAGCCACUCAGGGUGCUCCAGUAACAGAUGAUAGGGCACGCCGUUGUGCAGAAGCUGUUGGUCUGAAGGACUACGAUCACCUGGAUCCUAGCAGAAUCUUCCACGCUGCUCGCUUAGUUGCCAUUCUUGAAGCCUAUGCACUUUAUGACCCUGAAAUCGGCUACUGCCAGGGUAUGAGUGAUUUACUUUCUCCAAUAAUCAGUGUCAUAACAGAGGACUUUGAAGCUUUCUGGUGCUUUGUUGGUUUCAUGAAGAAGGCUCGACACAACUUCAGGCUCGACGAGGUGGGAAUCCGGAGGCAACUCAACAUUGUUUCUAAAAUCAUUAAAUACAAGGAUUCACAUCUUUACAGACACUUGGAGAAGCUCCAGGCAGAGGACUGUUUUUUUGUCUAUAGGAUGGUGAUAGUACUCUUCAGGCGAGAAUUGACAUUCGACCAAACGCUUUGCUUGUGGGAGGUGAUGUGGGCCGACCAGGCCGCGAUUAGGGCCGGGAUUGGUAAAUCUGCUUGGAGCAGGAUCAGAUUGAGAGCCCCACCAACUGAAGAUCUGUUGCUUUAUGCAAUUGCGGCAUCUGUUCUGCAAAGGAGGAAGCAAAUCAUAGAGAAAUAUAGUAGCAUGGAUGAAAUUUUGAGGGAGUGCAAUAACAUGGCAGGUCAUCUUGAUGUAUGGAAGCUCCUGGAUGAUGCCCAUGACCUGGUGGUCACCCUCCAUGACAAGAUAUAGCUGCCCAAUUCUCCGAUGACAGGCCGCCUGCCACCGCCUCUCCUCUCCGGUGGGCUUCCGAUACUCUCUUCUUCUAGGCUGCCACUGCCUCUCGCCUCUCCCCUCUCCGGUGGGCUUCUGAUACUCUCUUCUUCUAGGCUGCCACCGCCUCUCGCCUCUCCGGUGGGGUUCCAAUACUUUCUUCUUCUUCUUCCCUAACUAAUUUUCAUUGCUUAACUAGUUUGUUGUUGUUUCUUGGAAUUUUCUUGAUUUUCUGCUGUAAUGGAGUCUGUUUAUGUGAAUGGUCUCCUGAAGCCUGUGUACCUUUAGAUUCAUCGGACAUUCCUUCAAGAACAUCUUAGGGAAUUACAAAAAAAGCACAUCAUCAUAUUUUACCAGUGCAACCAUAAACAAAUGGUUUUAUAUUUCUUCCUUGUGUUAAUCUGUUGUUUGUUGUGA